ACCACGGCACCAAACAGUUCGUUGAACAAAGUCAAAGCGUUAAUAUCGUUUAAAACCUUACGCGUCUAAAACUCAAAAUCAAAGUAUCAACUUGAGCUUAAAUAAGCUAUCAGCAGAUCAACCCAAAACACAACCAUACACAAAAUAUUCGAAAAUACAUGUUAGCAUUGAAAAAUUUUCGAAACCGAUGUCAAUUAAACUUGUGUGUCAAUGAAUAACCGCGCAGAUACCAAAGCGAAGCUACUUAACAACCUAAGCCUUUCUAAACAUCUAUCAUCCAAACAAGGCGGCUCACGUACCACCAACUGCGGUAAUCGCCUAGAAUUUGCAUUACUAACGCUGCUACAGAACGUUCCUUGAAUCAC